AUGGUUCACGGGCCACUUGGCAUGCCUCGCUUAGCAUGUCAGCAGUCAAAGGACCCCCAACUUGACAACUGUAAAGCCGCGCCUGCUAUACACAGCAAACCUAACCAACACGAUCGAUCUACGUACGAGCAGACAACAACUAUGGCCGAUCGAGCAACUGAACCUUUAAGUAAAGAGUCCAGCCGACAAAGAGCAACCUUCCAAGAAAUAAAAGAGCAACAAGCAACACCCUUAAGCCUCGAUUCAAGGUGGACCGAAAACCUUACGGACGACGAAGAUAAUACGCCUCAACCACCUUCACCACCUUUACGAAGUCUAAAAAGGAAAGAGAAAGAAGAGAAAGAAGAGAUUCGGAAGUUACGCGAAGAGUUUGCGAAAAAGAGGAAAGAUAUAGAGCAAAAUAUAAAAGUGAUAGCAAAGCAAAUAACGGAAUUACGGACCUACGCUAUACAAUCCAAUAAAGAGCUACGACGAAGCACUUUAGCGUACUCGACGCUCUCAAUUCAUCAAUCGCUACGCAAUACGCUAAUCAUACAAGAGCCAAAAUCACUUCAGCGGCCUUCAAACCCCUUUUUUAAAAGCUACACCCAGUUUUCUAAAAAGCCUAGACCGAAUAGCAACAAAAAUAGUCCUGAGAUCAUCAUCGGACCAGACAACACUCGAAGCUACGAGAGCUAUACGCCAAAAGAAGACCCGCCAAAACCUAAGAGCAUUCCGGACAAAAUCAGCUCUCGCCAAAGACAGCGUGCAGAUUUCCGUGCCCAACUUAAGCAACUCGAAAAAGGAAUUCAACAACCCGAAAAAAGGAUCCAGCACCCUCGGACCCUUAGCGAUCUUGACGAUGACCGACGAAAAGGAAACGAGAGAGAUUGGCAAAGAGAUCGAGGCUACGGAUACGGAAGGGGUAAGAACGGGCCCCCUGGACUACCAAAGGGAUUCGGAAACGGACCCUCAAAGGACCCCGGAUUCGGAAAUGAGCCUCCUAAAGACCUUAGAAAAAGACGGACCACCGGCAACUAUAUCGGUAACCCCUUACCGAUCAGACCAUUAGCUAAGCACAACACGCUUGCGUACGGCACUCCAAGCGCCCUUAACGAUAAUGGUAACGAUUUCCUUGAGCUAAGAGCAACUGACCCUCACCUAAGAGCAAAGGAGUUGGCCUUGUUUGCAAGAAGCUUUCUUAAGGAAUUAAAGUAUUCGAGACCCGACGAUGACUUCAAGACCCAAUUAAAUUUAGUCAAGAAAGAGAAUCCAAAGACCUCGCUUAGCGAGUGCUUUAAGAAGCUCGCUAAAGAGCUCAAGGGCAUUCAAAGCUCUUUACGACCAGGUUUAAAAGACGAUCGAAGUCUUGCUGAUAAGCUGUAUUCAGCUUAUAAAAACGUGCCAAAGACUACGAUUGCACGAAUGAACCUUGCGUUUACUUCCACCGCCGCAAUUGCCGACAUCCGCCGAGCAAUUGCAUUUGCAACUGAGUCCUCUCGACCCGCUAAGGCUAAAGCUUACGCGAGCUCUAGCGAGCCACACGACCACACCUACUUUCAGCACAACACCUCAAAGGCUGACUCCGAUUUGGACGAGGAAUACGAAUGCUUUAUUCAAAACCGCUAA